ACAUGAUACAAGGACACUAAGAGAUAAAGCUGCGCCGUUCCAUAAAAAGUUUAGGAACGCGGAACACUAUGUUUAUGUUGUGUCGCUCAUCGUUAGAAUAAAUUCGUAAGUGGAUAUCUUUUAUGAGCAAUAAUGCAGUAGGCUAUUCCAUGUAGCAAUAUCAUUCCGAACUGUACUAGACAUGCUGGGAGGACUGUAUGGACUAUCAUUCACGAGGAUAAGCUGUAUUUAGAAUACGUUUCCAACAUCGCACAUCUUUCGUCAACGAAAAAUGUGGGGAAGGCGAAAAGCUGAACCGGAGAAGCCCAAGGGUGGUCCCCCACUUCUUGCUCUCGCCGUGGAUAAAGUUAAGGGGGAGGAAAUCAAUGCUAACGAGGAGACUUUGAACAAAGAAUCACCCGAAGGAAGCGAUAUAGGACCAACUGGAAACCGAAAUGUGGAGAAAAACGAAGUCGACGAUAUUGAUGGUGAGCUUUCGGAUAAUGAAUUAGAAAAGGGCCCCAAAUCAUUGGAAUAUUCUGAGGUUGAUGAGACAACUGAUACGGAAGAACUUGAUAAAAUUGAAAAUAAUAAUUUAGAUUCAGAGGAUGCCAGUGAGGCACCUCCAGGUGACGCAGAGGGCGUGAACAAUACAGGGAACAGUAUCCUGAAGGAUGAUCUGUCUAAAGCCCAUAGGUUGCGAUACACACCCAGCCCGGCAUCGUCACCGGAAAAGUCUCGAACGACGCCGCCUAGUGGGCGCGCAAGCAAACAGAGGUCAAGGCCACCCGAGGGUAAGACUCCCCCGAUGAAGUACUCGGAUCUUAAUAAAGAGACGCCCGAAUGGCCCAGCAGGCAGACUGUUAUGCAGAAACUGAUUCAACCUGGGAAGAAACGGCUUCAGAAGCCUGAUGAGAAGAUGGUGAAGCCCGAGGAUGAGAACGAGGCUGACGAGGUCAAGGUCAAAGAUGAGAAAGCGAAAGAGACCACGUGGUGGGAGCUGUUUUAUGACUACACGCAGAACGCGACGGUUCAUGGCAUCAAGUACAUUACAGAUAAAGACACGUAUUGCUUUAGAAAGUUGAUUUGGAUGGUUAUAUUCCUUGUCUGCUGCGCGUACGUCACCUACCAGAUUCAAGAGAGGAUCAGAUAUUUCCUCUCUGAACCAGUUAUGGUCAAGGUCGAGGUCAACUUUAACCAAUCGUUACGCUUUCCGGCUGUCGCGAUCUGCAACCAGAACGCUUUCAGGGUGACAGAAGCAGUUCGUCUGGGAUACACAGAUCUACUUGAUGAAAUCUACAACAGAAACUACAGUCAUCCAUAUACAGACGCAGACCUAGUCAGGUAUCCUCGAGCAGAGAAUAGCAUUGCUGAAAUGUACAAGGACCUUGCCCAUAGGAAGGAAGAUGCGAUAAUAAGAUGCGAAUGGCGAAACAUACCGUGUGGUCCUGAAAACUUCACCAUGGAAUUCACCGAUCAGGGUCAAUGUUUGAUGCUUAAUAUCGACACUGACAAAUCUCCGCUCAUGGCGAACAAAACGGGUCAGGAUUCUGGCCUCCACCUUGUCAUCAACAUUGAGCAAUACGAGUACAUGGUCGGGCCUCACUCGUCCGCGGGAAUAAGGCUCAUGCUCUAUGAUCGAAAUGACUUCCCCAUGGUUGACGAACUGGGCUACGCCGUAGCACCUGGUUCGCGCUCAUUCGUAGGCAUGAAAGUUCUUGUGAUGGAAAGGCUGGAUAUUCCUAAAGGAUCUUGCUUACCGCGAUCGAGACCACUGGAGACGUUCCCCUUCUACACCGACAAGGCGUGCAGAAUGGAGUGCUUGAGCAGGUACCUUAAAAAGAUGUGCGGCUGUAUUGCCCAGUAUCUGCCAAAGGUAGAGGGUGCCCGCGUGUGCUCUAUCCGUAAAUAUCUUAUGUGUGCAGAAAAGGAAGAAGAUCAUUUUGAGCGCAAUGUUGAAGAGUUGUGCCGCGAGUGCCUGCCAGCAUGCAGCAAUGUCAUCUACAACCCGACCUUCUCCUACCUCACCUCGGCCGCCCACGACAUUGACCGAAUCCUGGACAAUAUCAAUCAGACGCAGUUACUGGAGCGAUACGUCAGGGCACGAGAUGCAACACACGCAGUAGACAAGCGCAAAUUCCUCGAAGACAAGGAUUACCUGCUGCAAGUGUUGAAGCAAACAGAUGUGGUGGGCGACUUACUCAACCAGAACCUCUCGGACAUCGCCACGAGUAACCUGGGACGCGUCAACACCAUGCUUGACUUUGCCGAGGCCAUCUACAACAACAUUAGCGAAGUCUAUCGUUUUCAAGACUUUGUUUUGAAGUACAAUUUCUUCAUCGGUGCGGUGGAGUUUGACAAAAACAUCCUGAACCCGCUGACGUCAGAUUUCUCGCACUAUAUGGGGAAGUUUGAGCGGAAUUUGAACUAUUUACAGUAUCUGGUGAUUAAGAGAGUUAAUCCAAAGUCAAAGGCGCAUGACACCACCAACCAGGGUGUUCCAGAGCUACUUUACAAUAUGAUGAAGAAUGAACUUGACACCAAAAAGAAUAUGACGGAUACUGCUUUGGAGUACUUCCAGAAACUCCGACUGGCGUAUGAGAAAGCCGAACCGGUUUUGAAUGACAGGUACGUAGGCAGGACUGAAGCAGAGCAUCUAGAAAUCGCCCCCAAACAGGACCUGUACUACAGCGUGAAAGACAUCGAGGCGGAGACCACGCUAGAUAACCUCAGGGAUGAACUGAGAUAUAUCAGACGACUCUACUCGAGGUUUGACGCCAUUUUGCACGAGGCGUUUAACAAGUCGGCCUUCAGCGUGCAAGCCCUACGAAACACUGGAAGACAGCAUAAAGAAGCCGUGGAGAGGGUCAACCAGAUGAGAGGAAUUGUCAAGGACCAAAUUUUCAAUAAGCCCAUUCUGGAACUAGAAGAGAAGGUCGAGGAGUUUGACAACUGUUACGACAAACUCAAAUCGCAGCUCAAAAAGAUGAUCGAGGAUGUGCGAUUUUUAAAUUCGACCAUCUCCACCAAAGACGCGGUGUUCCAUACAAUGGAAGAGACCAUUAAUAUGUCAGAUACGUAUAUUUCCCAUGAGGGAUGGAAGCAGUUUGGAAAAUCGGAACUCUGUAAUCACCUGAUAAGAGGUGACGUGCAGCAUCACGUCAAAGGACUAAAAGACUUCGUGGAUGCCUUGAUGACAAGGUCACGAGAGGUCAGCAAAGGAUGGAACGCCACGUCAAAGCACUUCGUCAGUUUCAUCAAAACAGUCGUCGAAGACGGAGAUACCUUCUCAACAGACAAGAAUUACGUUAAGAUGCUGCUGCACUUCACAAAUUCAAACUCCUCAAAUGGCUUUCUCCAUCUUGCACUUCCGGUUCUUAACCAAGGCGCAGAUUUUGACAACUUCACGCACGAAUUUGAGCAGGAUAUCUCGCGAGUGCAUGCAAGAGGCGACAUCAGUAAGUUAUUCGGAACGAAAGUCUUUGACUUGCUGAAAGCCGCCGGGCGCUUCAAGCAGCGAUGUGAGAGAUAUCUGGAGGAGAAUAAACUGGAUGGACGUUUCUAUAGAGAUAACUUUCUUCGCAUCGACCUCUACUUUAGUGAGCUCAGUUACGAACUGAUACAGCAGAUGCCAGCAUACACCAUCUUUGAUUUACUAAGUGAUGUUGGCGGGUCUCUCGGACUGUUCAUCGGGGCCAGUGUCAUCAGUGCCUUCGAGCUUCUCGACCUCUUUCUCUUCAACUACUUCAAGAAACGGCGCAGCAGGAACGAGGACCUUAGUCGCGCCAAGGCGGAGAAAAUAUACGAGGGAAUGAUUUAGAUACAUUAUAAGAAAUGGAAAAGAGGGAAUUUAAGAGGAAAAUUCCAUUUUUCAAAUCUUUCUCCUGCUAUAGGCCUCUCCAUGAAAAGCCGAGCAAUGUACAUGCUUUAUUGUCUUCAUGAAGAUUUUUAAGACGUAAACGUGAUCAUAAUUCGUAUAUAUGCAGUAGGCCUCUCUAAUUGGUUGAAUUAGAUUGAAACCAUCUGCAGUAUUAUAAUAAUUAUAUAUAAUCUAUGGUACUCGCACAAGUAAUUCGUAUUUCUUACUAUUUUCGUCAGUAAAACAUCACUCAAUUGCGCGAUUACGGACUGCCCACGACAUUUGGCUUGCAAGCGGACAAGCAGACAAGCACCAGUGCGAGGCUCCCAACCUUAUUAAUUGCAGCAGAUAGUUUUGUUCAGUCUUUGUUAGUACAAAUAAACAAUUUUCUAAAAGAAAUCGACAAUAUUCAAAGUAUGUGCACAUG